GUGUUUCAGGAUGAUGCACUACUGUUGGGGAUACUUCAGCACCAGCUGCUCUCGAAAUUGGAAAUGUGGAUCAGCAUUUGCCAGAGGAAUCUUAAGGCUUAGCCUACUUUUUGAUUCACAAGAGAACGUGGCCAUGGCCAGUCUUCGGUUGAUUGGCACGGGCCACUUGGCUUCUGCUGUGCGGGCCCAGUGGGCUUUGCGAGGUGCUCAGGAAGCCGCACCUCAGGCGAAGCCAAUUCAAACACAGAGGCGAAUCGCAAGCCUAACAGUCGCGGCGGUGAGUGCAAGUGCUGUCUCAAGAAGGCGGAGUUCGCGGCGACAGGACCUUGUGACACUGCGCGCUGUGGCCACUGAAGCACCGCCUGACACCAUCCGCUUUAGAGAAACUGUUGGGCCUGCCAUUUCUGUAUCAGAGACAUCGGCAGAAGAGUGGACAGGCGACACGUUGGUCCUAUUACUCCCUGGCGAGGGUGAUGACAACAUCCCAAUUCUUUCAACUGUUGCAAAGUCUAUCGACGAAGCUUUAGGAGGUGCCAUUGGCUCCUACAUCAAGGAAGAAUCCUUUGAAGCCAAAGCCGGAGCAGCGGCCAUGUUUCCGGUUUUUGGCAAGGCCGUGAAGCGCGUGGUCCUCGUGGGUCUUGGUGACAAAGAGCCUUCCCGUGAAGCUGGCGCAGCCAUUGGCGGAGCCAUCAAGAGACUGAAGGGUGGUUCUGUCGGAGUUGCCCAUGCUGAAGGAGUCGAAGCGCAGGCUUUGGUCGAAGGCUUGCUGCUAGGCCUUCAUGCAGACAAGCGAUUUCAGGGCACAAAGACGCCAGAGAAAGACAAGGCACCCAAGGGUCCGGAGAAGGUUGAGAUGCUCGGCUACUCGAGUGCAGAGGACAUUGAGAAGGCAGGUGCCAUCGCUGCUGGGGUGGUUUUUGCACGAGAGCUCGUGAAUGCGCCGGCCAACAUCGUGGAUCCCCUGAAUUUGACUGCUGCGGCUGCGGAUAUGGCCCAACGCCUCGGACUGUCCUCCAAGAUCCUGGAUGAGAAGGAGUGCGAAGCGAUGGGCAUGGGCUCCUUCUUGGCAGUGAGUCGAGCUUCCAACUUGGGGGCCCGGCUCAUUCAUCUCACUUACUCACCAGGUGGCGAGGUGAAGAGAAAGCUGGGCAUCGUGGGAAAGGGCUUGACCUUCGACUCGGGUGGCUACAACUUGAAAGGAGCAGGCUCCAUGAUCGAGUUGAUGAAGUUUGACAUGGGUGGCUCAGCAAGCACCCUUGGAGCUGCAGCGGCAAUAGCGCAACUAAAGCCCAAGGAUGUAGAGGUCCACUUUGUCAUUGCCACCUGUGAGAACAUGGUGAGCGGCAACUCAGGCGCCCUGCGGCCUGGUGAUAUCAUCACCGCAAUGGAUGGAACCACCAUUGAGGUGAACAACACAGACGCUGAAGGGCGCUUGACUCUCGCUGAUGCUCUCCUCUAUUGCCAGCAGCAGGGUGUCACAGAGGUGAUUGACAUAGCUACACUCACUGGUGCCUGCAUGGUGGCGCUCGGAAAAGACAUCACAGGCAUGUGGAGCAACUCUGAUGAACUUGCUGCCAGCCUGGAUGCUGCUUCCAAAAGCACUGACGAGAAGCUGUGGCGGAUGCCUUUGGAGGAUGGAUACUUUGAGGGGCUGAAAAGUGACUUCGCAGAUAUGAAGAACACAGGGCCGCGCUUUGGCGGUGCAAUCACAGCAGCUCUUUUCUUGCAGAAGUUCAUUCAGAAGGAGGUCAACUGGGCACACCUGGACAUUGCCGGCCCAGCAUGGGCCGAGAAAGCCAAGGGCAUCUAUGGAGUCGGUGGCACAGGGGCUAUGGUCCGUACUCUGACAAACUUCGCCUGCAAAGCCUGAAUCUUCACGAUUUCGUCCCCAUGAAAAGCAUCGUUCACUCGUUCACGACAUGAACGGAAGGAACCACGCAAUGUUCAGAAUGUAGCAGCACGGCACAUAACUGCUUGGAGUUUUGCUGUUCAUGGCCAAAUAUAUUAUUUGUGCCCGUCAAGCCUGCCAGUUUUCGCGGCGCUGCAGAAGCAAACAUAUGAAC